CGUGAGAGUCUGGGCGGGUGUGGUGGGGCUAGAAGGGACUUAAGAGCGCUAGAAAACUUUUCUUGGCCGCCCUGAACGGCAGGUACUUAACAUAGGUACCUACCUAGCCUACCGUUGUCUCUUAAUCGCCAACGCGUCCGUUCGCUGUCAACCAAAUCCCGACCCGGACCCGGACCGGCUAUCGAAGUUGAAGAGAGUGUGACAGCGGAGCGAAACAGCCAUGGCGGAGAUGGAGAGAAUGGAAAUCGAUCCGCUGAACCCUCCGCCGCCCAGGGUCAUCGAGGUCCUGGACGGUCCUCCCUCUCGCCCGAAGAGCACACCGCGGCCCAAGGGCACAAGCACCAAGCAUCUGUCCGAGCUCGACCGCUUCAGGGUCCGCACCCUGUAUUACGAUGCGCGCAUGGCCACUGCUCGCAUACGCCAGGUCACCGGCUAUUCAAAGAGUCAAAUCCGGACCGCUAUCAAAGCUCAGACCGCUGCUAUAGGGAGGCGCUCCGGACGUCCCAAAGAGCCGGCCGAGAAGAGGGGCAACAAGUCACACAAAAAGAAGACAGCGCCCAAUCAAUCUGACCCGGAUUCUGAGCUCAUUCGGCAGGCGAGGGAGUAUUUCGCCCACAAAACUCCCGUGAACCCUGUUGAAGAAGCAAUUCCUGCAGAGGAUGAAGGUGAUGAUGAUCAAGAUGAAGAUAGAGAAAGCCAGGAUGAAGAUGACGACGAGUCGCCUCCUGACGCACUAGCCACACCUUUGCCAGUCACACCAUUAGCACGUGUCACGCCCUCAGAGGUACCGGCUACACCAUCGGCACUAGCCACACCUUUAAUCUCAGCCUCAACUUCAGCUUCACCAGCGCGGACCUUGGCAGUCGGUUCAUCACGAGAGGACUCUGCGGAAGAAGAGUCUUUAGUAGAAGGACGGAAAACCUUCAAAAGUUUACCUCGUGAGAUACGGAUACACAUCUGGCGAUGCGUACUGUCAACCGCGCCCUCACAAGUCGCACCCUUGCGGACCUGGGCGCUCGCUGUCCUGCCUCGUGCGCCGUGGCUCGAGCUGGGUAUGACGCCGCCGCCUGACGUGAAGAUUGAGAACCCGCCCUGGGACCACUACGUCAAUGAAAGACACGUACCAGUGACCGUUUUAACGCAAGUGAAUCGCGAGGCGAGAGGGGCCGUCUUAGAGCGCUUCACGCCGAUCAGGGUGUCGACGGCUACACCCGAAGCGUCGAAGAACCUACCGUUCUUCAUCUGGAUCGAUCGGUGGAGCGACGUGAUACACUUCUUCGGCGAGCCAUUUCGCAUUGAGCUGUUUGAGAUGGCUGGGAAAUGCGCCUACCCGAAGCUUUACGCGUGAUUUGUUAUGAUUUAAUGUGUUCGCAUAUUUUUUUGGUGUUACUUAGGAGAUAGCAGAUGAUUGGAGUCCAUGUAUAUACACCAUCUUUGAGCGCUUGGAGUUUGUAUGGGUUGGAUAUUGCUCAUGUUUGGUAGAUACCAUGCUACCUAUUAUUUAAAAGCAUUAGUUCUAAAACUAUUUUGCUGCCUUAUGUUAAUACUCUCAAGUAUAUGUAUGCGGUCUCGUUCGACUGAAGAAUGUAUGCAUCCAGUGCGCUUCAGUAGCUCACGAUAACCACCCCAGCCCUCAACCAACAGUUACUCCCCCCAAAUCCCGCAUUCAAUCCGUAAUCAUCUCCGCCCUCUUCCU